AUGUCCAACACACUGUUCGAUGACGUUUUCACUAUAACGGAGGUUGACGCUGCGCGCUACAACAGGGUGUCGAGAAUCGUUGCGUCUUCCACAACCUCAUCUGACGUUAAGGUCACCUUGGACAUAAACUCAGACCUGUUCCCAGUGAGCACUGGCGAGUCCGUGACGAUCACACUGGCGUCGUCGCUGUCGUUGGAGGAGGCCUCGGAAUCACAGGCGCCAGGCUCGUGGAGACCGCCAAAGCAGGGCGAGCGCAGCCUGGCGGACGACUACGACUACGUGAUGUACGGUACGGUCUACAAGUUCGAAGAAGGGUCCGACGACAAGAUCAGCGUCUACGUCUCCUUUGGAGGGUUGCUGCUGUGCCUGGAGGGCGGCUACAGAAACCUGAGCUCGCUGAAGCAGGAGAACAUCUACCUGUUGAUGCGCCAUUGA